AUGACAUCAGAAGCACCCUCACUCAACGUUCAGAAGAUACUAGCAGAUUCGGAGACAUGGUCGGAGGCCAACGAGUCUGCACUUCUUGAACCCUUUACGCACAUCUUCUCGAUCCCAGGAAAAGAGAUCAGGAGUCAACUGAUCGAAGCAUUCAACAUCUGGCUUAGUGUCCCAGACGAGAAGCUGAAGAUCAUUUCGAAGGUCGUCAGCAUGUUGCAUACCGCAAGCUUGCUUGUAGACGACAUUGAAGACGACGCACAGUUGCGAAGAGGGGCCCCCGUCGCGCACAAGAUUUACGGGGUACCUCAAACGAUCAACUCUGCCAACUACGUAUACUUCAAGGCGUACCAGGAGCUCUUCGCUCUGCGCUCGGGAAUCGGUCAUGAUGAAGAAAUGACGCGGAGCAAACCUGAACACCGGCUGGUACCUUUUCAGGAGCUCGAUCGCAUUGUCACGGCUGAACUGAUGUCUCUUCACCGCGGGCAGGGGCUUGAGCUGCUCUGGCGCGAUUCAUUACAAUGUCCGUCAGAGGAGGAGUACGUGUCUAUGGUCAACAACAAGACCGGUGGUCUACUACGUGUUGCUGUCAAGCUCAUGAUGGCUUGCUCUACCACAAACCUCGAGGUCGAUUAUGUUCCUCUCGUGAAUCUGAUCGGCGUACAUUUCCAGAUCAGGGAUGACUACAUGAACUUGCAAAGUACACAGUACUCAGAUAACAAAGGUUUUGCGGAAGACCUUUCGGAGGGUAAAUUCUCCUUCCCCGUUGUUCAUGGUGUCCGUGCGGACACAUCCAACCGACAAAUACUCAAUGUACUACAGAAGCGACCAACCACCCCCACCCUCAAGAAGUACACAAUCGCGUACCUGCGCGACCACACCAAGUCGUUCGACUACACCCUGAGCGUCAUGGACAACCUCGAGAAACAAAUACGGGCCGAGAUUCUGCGACUGGGAGGAAACGCGAGGUUGGAGAAGAUCAUAGACAUACUCCAUGUCACGAAACCUACGUAA